AUGAGUUCCUCGAGGAUGAUGGACGCUAAGGUGCGAGAGACUGAAGGAGAGGACAGCUCAGGAAAGAAAAAAUCGAAGUUCAAAUCUUUCAAAAAGUUUUUUGGUAAAAAGAAAAGGAAAGAGGCAUUGUCUUCUGGGAGGAGCAAUCUGAAGUUAUUCCAGUCAACAGGCGAUGUUGCAGCCUCACACGACGUGCACGUUAAUUAUGAUUCUGAAGAUGAACUUGAGACACACAAAGGCAUUAUGGGAAGCAGAGCUUUGUCACACGAUAGCAUUUUCAUCCCUGAGACUGGGCAAGAGCCUGCAAGGCCAGUAAGAGUGUUUUCUCAAGAAAACAUUUCUGAUCGGAUUAGAGCUUUACAGUUGAAGCUCCAGCCUACCAUGAAAUUGGGACCUCCGCCUCCGUUUGGACUUCAUGCAAAGCGAACAGAGGAUGCUGGGACCAGCUCUGAAGAUGAUGGAUUACCCAGGAGCCCUCCAGAAAUGUCUUUGCUCCGUGAAAACCUAAAUUCAGGCACAAUAACAAGAUUCUCUGACUCUCACAAGCACCUUAGCUCUUUGAGUUUAGCUGGAACAGGCAGUGAAGAAGAAGAACAGGCUACAUUGGGUCCUUCUUCCAGAUCUCGCUCUACAGACAGUCAGCUGUUCCCCAGGCGUGGAAGUGCUAAAACUGGAGCUCCCCAGAUAUCUGACAGUACCACCUCACCUGCAGCCGAUUUUGACACUCCACCUGAGCUUACUUCUUGCUUGGAUAAUUCAGCUGCUAAACACAAGCUUUUAAUAAAACCCCGGAACCAGAGAUCCAGUAAAAUGAGAAGAUUUUCUCAGAGGACUCAGUCUGAAUCUCUGACUGAUUUGAGCUGUACCCCAGAAGAAGAAGAAGAAGAGGAUGAUGAAAAGGAGAUGCUGACAGACUUGCCAGAUGCUGUAUUCAAACCCAGCAAUCAAGAGCUGCCAUGUGGCACAGCUGCAGCUCAGGAUGUGGCUUCCUGGCCGAAGCCCAGAAUGCCUGAGGACCUUCCCCCUGUUUUGAGACCGGCGGUGACUCAGCCUACUUCUGAGUCUGCCCUUGUACAUGAAGCCCUGCUACCAGAGAAUAAACCAGAGGGCUGCCAACCAGCACCGGAAACAAUGUGUGUGAAGUCUGAGUCCUCACUGCUGUUAGAAGGCAAAGACUCCGCAAUGUCUCCCUACUCCAGUCCAGAACGAGAUGUACAAAAGCAUGAAGGUUCCUCAGAAACACCAGUUCUGUCGUCUGAGGAUAUGAGUGAUGUGUCAAUCAAUAUUUUAAAUCAAGAAAAUAAGGAGCUUCCUACUGUGUUUUCAGUAAAUAAAAUACCAUCUGAAGAAGAAAUUUCAAUUAGUAAGAAUAGCGUUAUUCGUUUGGAAGAGUCAGAAGAAAACAAUCAGAAGGAUGACCAGAUAACUGUGGAAAUGCCCUGCAAUACAGAGGCAAAGAAAGAGGUUGCUCUGUUGUCAGAGUCUAGCAAGCAGUUUUCCAUAGGUUCUGUGCAGCCCAUGGACUCACUCCAUGUUUCACAUCCUGCUUCCUCAACGCAGAUGGGAUCAUCAGCUUCCUGCUCUCUGGAGAAAACAAAGGCUGCACAGGAGGCAGCUGCUCCUGUUAAGACUGAGACCAGUCAGUCACCGGUCCACAAGGAGGAACUUUUGGCAAAGAAAGCUGAAAAAGCAGCCAAUGAACUCAAUGCCUUGAGAAAAUUUUCUGUCUCCUCUGCACGAGAGAGACCAAGGACCAGAAGUCUACACUUCCCAGAAAGAUCAGAGUUGGAAAACCCAUUAAAUACCAGAUUCUUCCUGUCUAAAGCAAAGGUCUCCUCGAGAAAUGAGAAGUGGAAAGAAGACUUGCAGAAGGGAUCAGAUCUGGAGGAGGAGCAAAGUAGCAACAAAAAGCAGACUUUGCUGCCAGAGUCCGACUCGGAGAACACCGGCCAAGCUACAGAAAUUUUGCCUGGCUGCGUUUCUCCGGCUGUUGAUGCGGUGCCGGUGCCAACUGAUUCUUUGGUGGUAUCUCAGAAUCAGCCAAGCUGUGGCGAUAAAAGUCCUUUACAAGUGAAACUUAGAUCCACCUCACUGUCCUUGAGAUACAGAGACAACUCAUCACCAGAAUCAAAAGGGAUUAAAAGAUACAGUGCAGAGGUUAAUUUGGAAAAUGAGGGGUUGACUUCCUUUCCUAAAGGUGAUAAGGCACAGAUCAAAAAAACAGCCGAUACCAGUAUUGGUGAUUCUUUAAAUGAAAAGAUCAAACCCAAAGCAAAGUCCUCUGAACAGCUUAGUAGCAAACCUCCAUUGCCUAAAAAGCCAGCCUUGCAAAACAUAACUGUUCCAAAUACUACUGCAAACAAGGAGAAGCAGGACAAAGCUAUUCACUCUCCUGAAUCUGGAAAGGAAGAUAGAAACUUGGAGAAAAAGUCAAAUCCUUCUAAAUUGCCUGAGAGAAGCGUGCCUUCCCCCAUGGCUGCUGGGGACUCCAAAAGAGAUCCCAACAGUCCCACAGAGCCAGCCUGGAUUUCCAUAGCGAGACAGAAGCAGAGGGGCAUGCAACAGGAGCAGGAACUCGACAGAGAAAAACCUGUGGCUCUGGAUGUUAAGUCAGAUACAGAGAAACAGAAUAAAGAGAAGGAACAAACAGAGGGGUCAGUGAAGCAGCAAUGGAGCAAACCUUCACACUUGGCACCUAAAACCACUUCUGAAGAACAGAGGAAGGAGACAAAGUCUGAAGUGAAGGAGCCGUUGCUGAGAACCAAUUCACUGUCACAUUAUGUCCCUGUAGCUCCAUCACCAGCACCGGUGGAUAAAGAGGAAAUAAGCCACUUGAAGAAAGCCAGUAAUGCUGCUGCGGAUCAGCCAUCAUGGAUGGAACUGGCCAAAAAGAAAUCGCAAGCUUGGAGUGAUAUGCCACAGAUUAUAAAAUAG